AUCUGAUUCCCUGAAUCUGCCAGUUUGUACAUUCAAGUGUUUCCAAGUUGCAAGUUUGGAUCGAGAGCGUCAUCAUCAACUUCUUAUACAUUUGUGAAUUCUCAAAUCAUCAUGACGACUACAGUGGAGCUGGCUAGUUUGACCAUAGAGAAAGGUUUGACACUGGACAGACCGACUAUCUCUAUUGCCGAUCCCACUGUGGUGUUUUCCGAUCUUCUGUUCAACGCUGAUCUAGCGCGAGGACGUUGCCCACCACUGGUUCAGGCUGUGUUCUAUGGUGAUGCUGACGAGGUUAGAGGCCUUGUGUAUAUGAAUGAAGAUGUCAACAGCACGGACAUGGAGCGGCGUACGCCCAUUCAUGCCGCAGCCUUCCGUGGUGAAGCAGAGAUCGUGGAUUUUCUCGCCCAGAGUGGUGCCCGAGUCAACACCAAGGAUAGCAGAUGGCUGACACCGUUACAUAGAGCUGUGGCCUCCAAAAGCCUGAGCACAGUCAAGAUGCUUUUGAAGCACAGCGCCGACGUCAACGCACGAGACAAGAACUGGCAGACACCGCUGCACGUAGCCGCAGCCAAUAAUGCCAUUGAGAUCGCAGACACGCUCAUGAUGCAUCUUAGCACUGUCAAUGUGACCGACAGGGCUGGACGGACGAGCUUGCACCACGCAGCAUUCAAUGGGCAUGUCAAUAUGGUGAAACUCCUAGCAUCCAAAGGAGGAACCAUUAACGCGCAGGACAAGAAGGAACGGCGCCCUCUACACUACGCUUCUUACAUGGGGCACGUAGAUGUGGUCAAGGCCCUCCUGGAGAAUGACGCUGAUAUCGGCUGCAGGGAUCGGACCCACUUCACCCCUAUCCAUGCGGCCUCUGCCAGCGGGCAAGUCAGCGUAGUUAGAGUUCUGCUGGACUUUGGAGCAAAGACAAUGACACGAUCUCCAAUGAGCAACAAAAAACAGAGUGCGGACGUGGUGAAUGCGAAUGGCAACACACCCAUCCAUAUUGCCUGCCUGAAUGGCAAUGAUCUGGUGCUGAGGGAGCUGAUCCAGCAUGGUGCCGACAUCAACGUGCUCAACCACAAGGGACAGUCUCCUCUCCAUCUGGCUGCUGUGUCGCCCCAUGGAGGCACGUGUCUGGAGAUCCUACUGAGCGAGGGGGCGGACGUCAACAUCCGCUGCAAGGAAGGCUGCAUGCCCCUGCACAUGAUAGCGCUGCAGGGGCGAUACACACGGGCAGAGAGCUUGAUUGAACACAUAACAGAAGUUUUAAUAGAGCAUGGUGCGUCGGUGGAUUGUGCCGAUAAGAACGGAAACACGCCGCUGCACCUUGCUGCACAGAAUGGCCACCAGGAACUCCUAGUGACCCUGCUCAUGCAUGGAGCUAACCCUACCAGGCGUGGCAUCCACGGAAUGCUUCCUCUACAUCUUGCAGCUCUGAGUGGCUACACCAUGUGCUGCAAGAAGCUACUGGAAGCAGCAGAGUGUGACAUUAACGCCUUGGAUGACAACCAUCGUACCUGUGUCCACUGUGCAGCAUGCUCAGGCAAUGUAGAUUGUUUAGACCUGCUGAUUCGAAGUGGUGCCGAUUUCAGCCUAGCGGAUAAGGACGGUCGGACGCCGUUACACUACGCGUCGGGCAACGCCAAUCAUCAGUGCACGCUGUCCUUGGUGGCCAUGAAAGCCAACGUGAAUGGGUUAGACACCAGAGACUGCUCACCGUUGCAUUAUGCCGCAGCUGCAGAUAUGGAGGCAGAUUGUGUGGAGCAUCUUCUGCAUAACAACGCUAAUCCUCGUCUGCGGGACGUCAACGGAUACAACACGCUGCACUAUGCUGCAGCCAAUGGACAUAGCCUAGCUGCUGAGAAGUUGCAGGCAGUAGCAGCUAGUGAUCUACUCAACACCGGUGGCUCUGCUCCGCUCACCACACCUCUUCAUCUAGCGGCCUACAAUGGUCAUGUGGACGUUCUCCACGUCCUGAUGCGAUCCAUCGUCAACCUGGACAUUCAAGACGCCAACGGCCGGACAGCGCUGGACCUGGCAGCGUUCAAGGGCCAUCUAGACUGCGUGGAGGCACUGGUGAUGCAAGGAGCUACAAUACUGGUCAAUGACUCGGUGUCCAAGCGAACGCCAUUGCAUGCCGCAGCAUACAAUGGCCAUGCUGAGUGCCUGAGAAUCCUGCUAGAAAACGCAGACCAAGAGGGGGCAGUAGACUGCCUGGACAACCAAUCACGGACUCCACUGAUGGUUGCCGUGAGCAACGGUCAUACCGACGCUACACUGUUGCUUUUACAGCAUGGGGCUAGUCUGAGUGCCAGAGAUAUUCAUCAUAGGACUGCACUGCAUCGUGGAGCAGCUAACGGACACGAGGAAUGUGUCGAUGCGCUGCUGCAGAGCCAAGCCAACACGUCCUGUGCCGAUAUCAAAGGUCGUACACCGCUGCACAUGGCAGCUGCGUGCGGUCACGUUGGUAUUCUGGGGGCGCUGUUGCAGGCGGGAUGCACCAAUCACUUGGACGGCAAUGGCUACACGCCCAUACACUGGGCUUGCUACAAUGGGCAUGAGAAUUGUGUAGAGUUACUCCUGGAGCAAGAUCCUAAAAUGUUCUUCAAGGGGAACUCCUUCACUCCAUUGCAUUGUGCGGUUUUAAAUGAUAACGAGUCCUGUGCAGAGCUGCUGAUUGAGUCACUAGGAGACGAGAUCGUAAAUAUUCAAGACCGGAAAGGAAGGACACCUCUCCACGCCAGCGCCCUGAAUGACCAGGUAGAAUGCCUUCAGCUCAUGAUGAAACAUGGCGGCCAGCCCAACAUAGCUGACCAGCUGGGCAAAACCUGCCUCAUGGUGGCAGCAGAGAGUGGAUCAGCAGGUACCAUCGAGCUCUUCUGCUCCCCAUCAGACCAAAUAGAUGGUCCCACCGAGUUGAUAGUGAGUAGCGCUUGUGCCGACCUCAACGCCUGUGACAGUCGCAAGAACAGUGGACUACACCUAGCCUGUCUCCAGAAACACGAAGGCUGUGCAUUGAUGAUACUGGAGAAACUGGAAGAAAGUACCAUCAUCAACUUGGCCAAUGAUGACGGCUUGACGCCUCUGCACAUAGCUGCCAGUAACGGUCUUGUGUCAGUAGUACAAGAAUUAAUCUCCAAAGGAGCUAGUCUAUUAGCAUUGGAUAACAAAGGUUACACCCCAGCCCUCAGCUGUGCCCCAACCGACAAGAUAGCGGACUGCUUAGCCAUCAUCCUGGCCCACAUGUUACCCUUCUCCCCGGCAAGCACCGCCACCAACUCCCGUAUUGCCUUGGCCAUGAGCGGCGAGCUAGGCCGGCUCCGUAACGCCAGCUUGGAGUUUACUGACGGCAACCGCAGUAGAGGAGAGAGCAACGCCGAUACCUCAGACUCGGAAACUUACUGAAAACAAAACAGUCCAAAACCGCAUGGGUAUACAGUGGCAGGUCCAGGAUUCUCCAAAGGGGGUGGCUGGAAUGUCGAAGUUAUCAGAUUUUUCAGGGUUGAUGAGACGGUCAGUACAUAAAAAGAUCAAUGGCCUAAAGCAAUGAAUCAAGAUUUACAAUAUUUAUAUAAUAUUGGAUGGCUUUGAGAGGGAUACAAGAAUAUAUUGCACAAGCUAUAGCAAUAUUGCACGACUCAAAAGACCAGGUUAUAGCAAGUGCAAUAUGUUAUUAUAUCCCUAAAAGCUAUCCAAUAUUAUUAUUUAUAUCAGACUGACUUGAUCCAAAAGAAAAACAAAUCAGGAAACCGUGUUUAUUUCUCAAAUGUCGUUCGAAUAUUCUUCGUUUACCGACACAAUAGUGUGCCUAUAAGUAACCUGCUACGCGCUGCGUCCGCUUUCGAUGGUACUGCGCGCUACGCUCUGAUGACUGGUUGACACCUGUGAGUUGCUACGCUCUUGAUUGUGUGGGAACCAGCAAAAUUUGUGAAACUGCCCGGAUGAAAACAAUAUCAAAAAUCAUAUUGCAGUCAUCCGGGUACUUCUUCCGAUAACCGUACAAUAUGCUGAUUUACUUUUGUACGUGGAAGCCUGCUAUAAGUUAUAAUGAGUGAUAUCAUUAUUCAGGGAACUUUAAGGAAAUUGUGGACUUUAUAAUUAGCUUUGGCCAGUCAGAGGGUGAGUGGUUAGCCACCCCAACCACCCCCUUGGAUCCGCCCCUUGGUAUAUCAAGCCACAAGCUUAAAACAUCGGAUCGAAGAAAACAAAGGGCAUUUGUUUAAUGGCACCAAACUUGGCGCACAUAAUUGUUUUUUUUUUUUCCGUAGCACCUAACCUGAUGUAUAUUACAUUUACCCAAAAUUUGUAGACAUUAAAAAGUACCUCAGCGUUUUGAUCUAGAUGAACUUUUUGAUGAAAUCUGAGCAUUAUUUUCUGGUGCUAGCUCUCAUUUGUCUGAACGUAUUAUAUUGUGAUUGGGAAGACGAUUUAGUGAAAAGCGUUCAUUUUUUAAUACGAUCUGUCUGGUUGUUAUAGUUACUGUUGGCAGCUUCUGUUGCCAUGCAAGUGUCAUGGUCAGUGACAGCAAAACAUUGCCCAUUAAUAACAUUAUAGUUAUAUUACAACAAAAUUCAAUUUCAAACAUGUGGGAAUGGGCACACUAUAAGAAACCUAUAAGAAAAUCCUAAAUACUUAUAUAAGUGUACAGUUAGAAACGAUCCACAACUACAUGUAUAACAACAUGCAUUACUUACACCAUAAAUUAAAUUUCUGCAUGAAAUAAAAAUAUGUGUAAACAUUCAUCACAAUACAGUCAAAACGAUAUCAAUGAACAGCUUUCUUCGUGUUGAAGAACCACUUACAUAGUGUACAACUAACUAAAUUUCAUCAAUUUCUGUGGCAUGUGCUCAUAAGUGACGGGGCCGUUAAAUGAAUAGCAACACACUGAAACAUUUGUUAAUAACUAUACAAGUCUCAGAAUUGUAUGCAUAUUACGGAACACUCUUUUCUUGCACAGUGUGCGUUCAGUUUUAAAGAACGCCUGACUAAAUCCCCGUCAUCUGAUAGGUAUCUGAUAAUUAUUCGUCCCAGCCACGGCCCAGCCGCUUCGCAAAAAUAGAAUUUCUAAUCCAUGGUAAAUGGAAGUUCCAUUGCACGGUCACACGUUUGGUGGCUCUAACCAAUCGGAUGACAAGGAUUUUUUCAGGUGUUGUAUAAAACAUAAAAUGAAUGUGUCACAUGCGUGCAAUGGAAAGAAUAAUUUCAUUCAGUGACAGAUGGAAUGUUCCAUUCCACUCGGCUUCACUUCGUAGAAUGGAACAUUCCAUCUGUCACCUCAUGAAAUUAUUCUUACCAUUGCACUCAUAAAACUUUCAUUAUUCGUGUAUUAUUCAUUCUAUGUUACUUAUUGUACAGCCUUGUGAGUCGAUUGCAUUUCAAGUGACCAGUGACUGAAUGUAAACAUAUAAGCAAGUACAGCACCUAUUCACUGGAUUUAAUUAUGUGCACAAGAUGGAACUUGCACUGUUAACUGCAUUCUUUCAAUUUGCUAAUGAAUACUAGUGUAUUAUUCCAAAAAUAUAAUAUGAAAAAAAAAUUGUACAAUAUCAGUUAUUUUCUUAUGGCAGGACCAAAGGUUUGAAAUGACAUGUAUAUCUGUCUUCUUUUGUUAUAGUCAAUAAUUUGGAUUGUAGAAUUAAUAUUUUUAGGGAUUAACAAAUGUAAUGGUUAAUAACUGUUAGACUUUAACAUGUCUUUCAAGCAACACAGUAAGUUGCAGGUGUCAUUGUCAAAUCACAUUUUAUUUACUGACCGUUUUUUUUCAGCAAAAGUUGUCAAUAUUUCAGCCAAAUGUUGUAGUGUUACUUACUGCUUGUGUAUUUCGCUUAGCAUACAUGUUAAAACUGGAAAAAUUCUAAAGUGAAGUUAGAAAAUUAAAUUUCACUUGCAGGGCAAUAUUUACCUCACCCUUGUUCACGUGUCCUGUGUAUCUGAUCAUGUAUGGUAUUAUUUUGAAAAAAAAAUACACAAAAAUAGAAUGAACUUUAAUUUUGUGCCAUAUACUAUCCCAGCAGAGAAAUGUUGCCCUUGAUAUACACUUACCUCCAAUUGUUUACGUUUACUUAUUAAAAAUUAAGAUUGUAUUCUGCUUUUGUGUAAUCCACUGUUCCUGAAAUGGGCAUCUAUUAUUUACAUUUGCCAAUUUGUUUUUUAUUUACUAAUAUGGUACAGGCUACACUGAGUUUACUACUAAUUAUCUUGCAAAGCGAGAAUUGAAACAAAUGUUGUGAAGAGAAGUUUGGAGAGACACUGGAAAUAGGUUUUUAGCAACCCCUUUAUAAUGGUGUGUGGUGCAGCAUCAGACUUUAGAAUAGACCGAAUGUGUAGUAGCCAUUUUAGAGGGCAUUUUGUUUUGUAAUUCAGUAACAAUGCAUGUACAAACGGUUCAUGCAUGCAUAGCCCAGCAAAACAACGACAUUGCUUUCUAAGAUGGCUGCUACGAAUAAGGUCUGUCCUCGUGUAUGUGUAUUUUGUUGAUGGCGGUUGGAGAAAUUGUCAAAAUACAAGCCAUGUGUACAGCAGCUAUACGGCAAAACUGAUGCAGUAUAUACAUGUAGCUCGGAUAUACUUGUUUUUAAAUUUAGAAAUGAUAUGGGGUGUACAGAACGGUGAUCUGAGGGAUUCAACCUGCCUGGCAAAGGAAAUUAGGUUGUGAUUUCAAGCAUUGUAUAUUUUUAUCUCACAAAAUUUGGCCGUUUUGUUUUGCAUUUACACUUCCCUUUUGUUAUUAAGUAACAAAAUAACUACAAUUUGUAAGUCGGAAAAAAAAUUUCCUGAUGAGAAAAAAACGGCUUUCUCUUUAUUUGUAACAAUCUCCCCCCCCCCCCCCCUUAAAAAAGACUAAAAACCUGGGACGGGGUUAUGGUGAACUGCCCUUGUUGUGUUUUGUGUUUCAGAAAAUGGUGCUUUUCUUGGUCCGCCAUGGUCAGAUUUAACUUGAAUAAAAUGUAAACAUUGCUGAUUUGAUUAAGUUCAUGAAUUUGACUCACAAAGCUAAUAAACCAUUACGUUAACAGGAAUUGC